CGAAUACUUAACUAGUUAUUAUUUGUUACCUGUUGACUACUAGUACUCCUUUGCAUCUCACCUACCCUCCCAGAUCUCAGGAACCAGAGCCAGUCUUGCCUUGCUGCCUCCUCUCCAUGAUCAUUUCGUUCCUUCUUCGCUGCCAUGAUUCCAUCUGGGCCUUUCUCCAUGCCACUAUCCUCAACAUCCCUCCAUCCCGACUAUAUAUUUUCCCUACCUUGGCUGGUUCAGUCUGGUUCCUGACUCUGGCGUCUUUGCUUCUGACAUGGCUGGCUCGUGGAAUGCCCGUCUAUCCGGGCCAAAGUAAUCCUCAUGUCGCCUUCAUCUCCGACAUUGCCUCCUUCGAACUAAAACCCCUCUUCCUCAUAGGUGCUUCUAUGACCGCCGUAGGAUUCGUUUUCACAGUAGCUGCCGUGCACGUCAUGCGCUACGAGCCCGGUUUCGCCUUGGUGAAAUGUCCAGUUAUCUCUGAAGAGACCUCGAACAACCAGGGGAACAAUAUUACCUACACCCAAUCUAGCGGUCACAACCACCGAAACGCCUAUAAUCACAUAACCGGUGGCGGACAUAAUGAGGCAGAAGAAGAUGCAGAAGAAGGGGAAGAAGAAGACCAAGAAACAACCCGCACUCUCAAAGUCAUCUCCCUGCUAUCAAUCCUCGCAGCCGGAACAGCCAGCACAGCGCUCAUCCUCCUCGGGGUAAUGGAUACAUUCCGCUAUAAAUUUGCCCAUCACAUCUUCCUUCGCAUCUGCUUCGGAUGUCUUGCUAUACAGUCGGCCGGCACCGCGAUUGUCUAUUCAACCGAGGUCCUGAGUUUCGUGUCAUAUCUGUAUCAUUGGGGGGUAUGGGGUAACGAUUGGGGGAGGAAGAGGAGUACACGAGUUAGGAUAUUCGCAUCCCUCUCCACCAUCCUCAUCCUAAUACAACUCUUUCUCGGCGUGGCCUUCAUCUCCCUGACCAUUCCUGAGGACGCGAAUGACUACAGAACAGCUGGGAUUCUCGAGUGGAUCAUUGCGUUCUUGGGGACGAUCUACCUAUGGCUCUUCUGUGGGUUCUUUGACCGAACCUCCUUCGAAGGCUACGUCCCCAGCAUAUUAUACAACGCGACACCCCACGGCAAAUUCCUCGGCCGUCCCGCAGUACCAGGGGUAGGAGUAGCCGAAGCUGAGUCUUCGUACAACCCUACUGAUGAUACUUUGAAUGUGGAUCCUGAGCGGGCGCCGUUGCUUCCUCAGUCUCAGUCUCAGUCUCAAUCUCAGGGUGGGUUUGGGACGAGGUAUACAUGAUGAUGUAGAUGAC